AUGGGACAAGAAACUAGGAGACUCGCCGACGAGUAUGAAGUGGCUGAGAUUUUAGGGAGAGGAGGAUUCUCAGUAGUGAGGAAAGGGAUAAGCAGAAAAGAAGGUAGCAGUGAAAAAAACAAUGUUGCCAUCAAAACACUCAAAAGACCGUUUGGGGGUUCUUCCUCUUCCACAUCAAAAAAUUCUUCAUCCAAUCCUGGUUUGAGGCAGGGGUUCCCUGUCCCGACUAGGAAACAAGUCUCGAUAUCUAAUGUUUUGCUCACAAAUGAAAUCUUGGUCAUGAGGAAGAUCGUUGAGAAUGUGUCGCCGCAUCCGAAUGUGAUUGACCUCUAUGAUGUGUAUGAGGAUGAGAAUGGUGUUCACCUUGUGCUGGAGCUUUGUUCUGGUGGGGAACUCUUUGAUAGGAUUGUGAAGGAAGAGAGGUACUCUGAGGUAGGGGCUGCAGCUGUAGUCAGGCAGAUUGCACAAGGUUUAGCUGCUCUGCACAAGUCAAAUAUUGUUCAUAGGGAUUUGAAGCCUGAGAAUUGUCUGUUCUUGAAUAGUUGUGAUGAUUCUCCUUUGAAGAUUAUGGAUUUCGGUCUCAGUUCUGUCGAGGAGUUUACUGACCCUGUUGUUGGCUUGUUUGGUUCCAUUGAUUAUGUAUCACCAGAGGCUCUUUCUCAGGGACAAAUCACUUGUAAAAGUGAUAUGUGGGCUCUUGGUGUAAUCUUGUAUAUCCUUCUCUCCGGAUACCCACCUUUUAUUGCUCAGUCGAAUCGGCAGAAGCAGCAGAUGAUAAUGGCUGGAGAAUUCAGCUUUUACGAGAAAACUUGGAAGGGAAUUUCCUUAUCAGCCAAGCAAUUAAUAUCAGACCUCCUCAAAGUUGACCCUGAAAAGAGACCUAGUGCUCAAGAGCUUUUGGACCAUCCAUGGGUUGUAGGUCUUUCAGCCAGAGAGGAUCAAAUGGAUGCUGAGAUUGUGUCACGACUGCAGAGUUUUAAUGCUCGACGCAAACUCCGAGCUGCAGCAAUAGCUAGUGUGUGGACAACUUCUAUUUUCUUGAGGACAAAGAAGCUCAAAUCAUUACUAGGGUCCCAUGACCUUAAACAGGAGGAAAUCCAGAACCUGAGUUUGCAUUUUAAGAAGAUAUGCAAAAUGGGUGAUAAUGCGACGCUGUCUGAAUUUGAAGAGGUACUGAAAGCAAUGAAAAUGUCAUCACUGGUCCCUUUAGCACCCCGUAUUUUCGACCUAUUUGACAACAAUCGAGAUGGAACAGUAGACAUGCGAGAGAUACUCUGUGGUUUCUCUAGUCUCAAGAAUUCACAAGGAGAUGAUGCUCUCCGCCUCUGCUUCCAGAUGUAUGAUACAGAUCGGUCGGGAUGCAUCAGUAAAGAAGAAGUGGCAUCUAUGUUGAGGGCUUUGCCAGAUGACUGCCUACCAGCUGAUAUUACCGAACCAGGGAAGUUGGAUGAAAUUUUUGAUCGAAUGGAUGCCAACAGCGACGGAAAAGUUACCUUUGAUGAGUUCAAAGCCGCCAUGCAGAGAGAUAGCUCUCUUCAAGAUGUAGUCCUCUCCUCUCUUCGGCCACUAUAGCUAGUCUUCCCAUAAUCAAACUUCCACUCUUCUAAUAGUUUUGAAUCUUUCUUAUGUUAAGAUGCAAUUGGUGAAGAACAAUGACAAAAAAAACUCA